ACGACGUGUAAUCCAAACCCCCACCCAAUAUUCCUUCUCCUUCUGCUGCUUGUGCUCCAUAUAUUCUCUCUCUCUCCCCCCCCCUACACAACCAGAUCUAGUAACAAGCUCAAGAAAUCCUCAUCAAAAGAAACAACAAGCUCAAGCAACCCUGUCAAUAUGAAGAGAACCCAUUACUCAUUCAUGGAGGAAAAUCUCAACAGCAAUGUUAACAACACCGCCAACCAGAUCAAUCUUCCUGCCUUCCCCGGGAAAAGAAGCAAACACUGCGGCCGCGGCCACAACGAGCUUGUGGGUUCACAGAACAUGUCUACGGCAGAGUGCUCGGGACGCGAGAGGCUGAAGAGACACCAGGACGAGGUGGCCGGGCAUGUGAUGAUACCGGAUUCAUGGGGGAAGGAGGAGCUGCUCAAGGAUUGGAUCGAUUACUCUCAGUUUGAUGCGCUGCUAGUUCCGACAGGGCUCAGCUCGGCUCGGGAAGCACUUGCUAUAGAAGGACGUCGUCGAGCAAGUAAAUUAGCCUCUCAAAGAGUCAUGAGGAUAGAGGGUAGGUGUUGAAGAUAGUGAAAGUCUUUGCAUUAAUUUCUAUUGAUAUUUAGAUAGUAAAUCAAACUUUUCAUU